AUGGAAGUACUUCAAUCGGAGUUUAUAAAUACUUCUCUAAACUUUGUGACUCCAUUGUUCAAGUGAUAAAGGGUUCAGAGAUCAUCAAAAGUCAGGGUUUGAAUUAAUAAUAUUGAUUGCCGCUAUAUUAUUAGUUAGAACGACGUACAGUUUAUGGUGUAGAAAUAAGACAUCUACGUCAAAAAUGAGUUUACUUAAUUUUUUUAUAUUAAUAAUGUGUCUAUUUAUAGCUAGUGGCGAUUGUUUUACAAAUGUGUAUCCUAAAAUAAAACAAGAAAAUUAUAAUGGCGAUCCUGGUCAGCCAUUAAUACUAACACCGUUAAUUGAACAAAAUAAAAUUGAAGAAGCUCAAAAUGCCUCGCAAGUUCAUUUCAAUGGAUUCAAGAAUGUUACAAGCUAUGCGGGGUAUUUUACUGUGAAUAAACAAUUUAAUUCGAAUAUGUUUUUUUGGUUUUUUCCAUCUCUGAAUAAUUACAAACAAGACCCAGUGAUUUUAUGGCUUCAAGGAGGUCCUGGUGCAACAUCUCUUAUAGGAUUAUUCGCAGAAAACGGACCUUUUAAACCCAAAAGCAAACACGGUUUAAAACUUCGUAGACAUGCGUGGACCAACACUCAUUCUGUUAUAUACAUUGAUAAUCCUGUGGGAACAGGUUACAGUUUUACUAAUGGUGGAUAUGCAAAAAAUGAAACUGCAGUGGGAAAUGAUUUAUAUGAAGCUCUUGUACAAUUUUUCCAAUUAUUUCCUAAACUUCAAAACAAUAAGUUUUUUAUUGCUGGUGAAUCGUAUGCUGGAAAAUAUGUUCCUGCCAUAGGAUACACGAUUCAUAAAAAUAAUCCUACAGCAAAAGUCAAGAUUAACUUAAGUGGGUUGAGUAUCGGGAAUGGAUUCUGCGAUCCCGAAAAUCAGGUUUAUUACGACGAUUAUUUAUAUCAGUUGGGAUUAAUCGAUUUGAAUAGUAAAAUUCAAUUGAGAAAAAUAGAAGAACAAGGACUCAAUUACAUAAAAAAUAAGCAAUGGUAUUUAGCUUUUAAGACAUUUGAUGAUCUCAUAGACGGGGAUAUUAGUGGACAUUCUUCUUUAUUCAAAAACAUAACAGGUUUCGAUAAUUAUUAUAACUAUCUUAAUGCAAAUAAUACAGACGACAAAUUCAUCUACAUGGGAAAAUAUAUACAACAAGCUGAUAUUAGGAGAGCUAUCCAUGUAGGGAACACUACUUUCAAUGAUAUUAAUCAAAUGGUGGAAAUAAAUCUAAUUGAAGAUGCGUUUCAAUCGGUAACACCAUGGAUAAGUGAAUUAUUAAAUCAUUAUCGAAUUCUUUUUUACAACGGGCAACUGGACAUUAUAGUGGCUUAUCCGCUGACAAUAAAUUUCUUGCAGAAUUUAAAAUUCAGUGCGGCAGAAGAAUAUAAAACCGCAAAAAGGCGCCUAUGGUUUGUUGAUGGUGUACUCGCCGGAUAUGAAAAACAUGCAGGAAAUUUAACGGAAGUUUUAGUUAGAAACGCUGGCCACAUGGUACCAGCGGAUCAAGCCAAAUGGGCAUUGGAUUUAAUCACAAGAUUUACUCAUCAUAAAGUGUAAAAAAAAAAAACAAAUUUAUGUUAGAUACGAUAAUAAAUUGAUUGACAUUUAUAAAAUUAUAUAAAAAAUA